AUAUCUCGGAACCUCAGCGGAGCGGAGGACGGAUGGGCCUUCCUGGGCCGAGGAGCGAUGGAUUCCAUUCUGGAAGAAGAACAAUAUGCAAUCAUUUUAAAGGAGACUAUGGCCCGGUGCGAGGGAUGCGCCGUGCAGCAGCAUCCUCUCUGCUGCUGGAGGGCCCCCACUGUCCCCUGGCUCCUCCCUCUCUGUACCGUGUGACAACAACAACUCAUCCACAGAGCGGAGCUGCACUUUUCGGCUCAUUUUCCUGCUGUCAUUCCUCCUCCUAUCUUUGAUCAUUGUCCCGCGCGCUCGGCCCCCCACUCCCGCACUCUGCACGCCCCCUUCUUCUCCUCUGUCCCCCCUUCGGCAGCCUCUCUUUCUACUUCGCAACUUGUCCGGGGAGCUAAACUCGCGUGGAUUCUUUCAUUUCGGCGGCGUCUCGGCAGGCUGGGUUUUUCACACUCUGAACUUCGGCGACUCUCUCCCCGCGCCCGCAGGUGACCAUGGCCGUGCCGGCUGCUCUGAUCCCACCGACCGCCCUGGUGCCGCCGCCGCCGCCUCCGAUCUCGACCGCCUGCGCCACCGCGUCCCCGCCGUCGACAACUUCGUCGCCGUCUCCAUCGCUCGCGCUGCCGCCGCCCGGACCCGGACAGAACCUGUUCCGGUCGGAGCUGCUCGCCACCGGCAGCCCGGGCAUCCCCAACCCGACCGCGGGGCUGCCGCCCGGCAAGCCCGUGUACUCGACCCCGUCGCCCGUCGAGAACAUCCCGCAGAACAACGAGUGCAAGAUGGUCGAGUUGCGCGGUGCCAAGGUGGCCUCGUUCACCGUGGACGGCUGCGAGCUCAUCUGCCUGCCGCAGGCGUUCGACCUGUUCCUGAAGCACCUGGUCGGCGGACUGCACACGGUCUACACCAAGCUGAAGCGGCUGGAGAUCACGCCGGUGGUGUGCAAUGUGGAGCAGGUCCGCAUCCUCCGCGGGCUCGGCGCCAUCCAGCCGGGCGUGAACCGCUGUAAACUCAUCUCCAGGAAGGACUUCGAGACCCUGUACAACGACUGCACCAACGCGAGCUCCAGACCCGGCCGGCCUCCGAAGAGGACCCAGAGUGUGACAUCGCCAGAGAACCCCCACAUCAUGCCCCACUCGGUCCCCGGCCUCAUGUCCCCUGGCAUGAUGCCACCCACAGGCCUGACAGCGGCGGCGGCGGCAGCUGCCAACGCAGCCAUCGCAGAGGCCAUGAAGGUCAAGAAGAUCAAGCUGGAGGCGAUGAGCGGCUACCACAGCAACGCCAACCACCACGGGGUCGACGGAGAGAACGGAGACCUCAGCUCCAGCGUCGGCCUGGAACUCCCCUUCAUGAUGAUGCCACACCCCCUGAUCCCAGUCAGCCUGCCCCCAGCCUCUGUCACCAUGGCGAUGAGCCAGAUGAACCACCUCAGCACCAUCGCAAACAUGGCGGCCGCAGCACAGGGCCAGAGUCUGCCCUCCAGAAUGGUCACCUCUGUAAUAAAGUGGAUGCUGGGGUUCCAGGAGCGUGUGCCGGACAGUCCCUCCCCUGCUCCUUCCCUAGAAGACAACAGGAGGCCGGGCAGUCACCCGUCGUCCCACCGCAGCAGCAGUGUGUCCAGCUCCCCGGCCCACACAGAGAGCUCCUCAGACAGGAUACCGAUGCACCACAACGGCAUGUCCAUGAACCACACCCUGCUAGGCCUGUCCCCCAACAUGCCGCCCGGACCUAAAGAGGGAGACCUGGCCCACGACAUGAGCCACGAAUCAAAGAGGAUGCACGCCGACAAAGCCAUGACCGCUGCAGUAACAGGACACAGCAUCCAACAGAUGUGGAUGCCCCCAAAAUAUCCCUACAUGAACACAAAAGACGACCACCCGCUGUGCACCCCGACAGCAAGAGACAGCUACGAGAGGUUGUCGCUGGCCAGUCAGGGUCUACCCCCUGGCUUCCCCUCACCAUUCCUCUUCCCCGAUGGCUUGUCAUCAAUAGAGACUCUACUCACGAACAUACAGGGCCUGCUCAAAGUGGCAAUUGACAACGCACGGGCUCAGGAGAAGCAGGUGCAGCUGGAGAAGACGGAGCUGAAGAUGGAGCUGUUCAGAGAGCGGGAGCUCAGGGAGACCCUGGAGAAGCAGCUCGCCAUGGAGCAGAAGAACAGAGCGAUCGUUCAGAAGCGUCUCAAGAAGGAGAAGAAGGCCAAGAGGAAACUCCAGGAGGCUCUGGAGUACGAGUCCAAGAGGAGAGAGCAGGCGGAGCAGACCCUGAAGCAGCCCUCGCCCUCCGACAGCAUGCGCUCGCUCAACGGUCAGAUGCUCCACAACUCCCUGACCCCUGAGAUGGAGAGUGACCGCAGCAGUGGAAGAACAGAUGCUGAAAGGACAAUACAAGAUGGGAGACUGUUCCUGAAAACCACAGUGAUGUACUGAUAAGGCCGCGAGGAGCUGGGGGAAGCGAAAGGAUUUCGGAAAAAAAAAAGAGGAGAGAGGGGAAAGAAUGGAAGGAAGAAAAGAAAAGAAAAACCCAUGACGAUUUCUCAAGAGCCCCUUAUCAAGGCUGGUUUGAUAGUGGAGAAGAAGUGGAGCUGCUUGGAGGAGUUCAGUGGAAGUGCUGUGUUCACCCAGACGCUGGACGAGGCUGUCUCUGAAAAUGUAGAGUAAGAAAGUCUUUUCAUCGCCAGAGGCCGACGCCAAGCAGUUGGACGGAGCAGGUUUUGACAUAACGGGUCGGCCCGACGCGAAGGAUAAACAUAUAUAUUGAGCACAGUAAAAAAAAAAAAAAAAAUGUACCCGUGGUACACUGUUGGUAAUAACUCAUAAAAUUCACAGCACUGAAGAUUUUUUAUACUGUAUCUCUCAGCCAGCGAGAAAGCUUCGAGAAACGAAAUUCCACUGAAGGUUUGUUUUUUGUAUUUCCAAAAAAUUGAAUUUUGCGAAGCUCCAAAAUGACACGCGGAGACGAAACCUGGCGGCGGAAGAAUAAUGAGGGGGGGGGAAAUGUGAAUCUAUCCGUGUGUUCAUCAGAAGAGAGAGACUGAUGUUUGAUUUUAAUGUUUUCUAAAUUAGAUGACAAUACAAUCCAGUUUCCUUUUUACCAUUGUUGUACAUACAAGACCGGAUGAUGACGAGAGGAGAACUCGCUCUAUCGAACCCCAGCGGAUUGAUAUGGUAUGUGUAUAUAACGUUAAGAGGUAUUGUGUAUGCAGUAGAGCUAUUAGGCAAACAAUGCCACCAUUUAUAUAAACCUACAGUUUUUUUUGUUUCCGUUCUAUUUCUGAGCCAUCAUUCUUUCCUAUAGCUGCCAUUUUGGUGAGAAAGCAUGCAGGCAUGUAAAUGUUUGUCCUGGAAUUAUGAUAUUUAAUAAAAUCCUAUAUUGUGCUGAACAAAUACUAGGGUUGACUCACUCGAGCCCGUGUUGAUUUUGAAGAACAUAGCUAUCUGACAUUUCACAAUUUCAAAAACGGAAAAGACUUUUGCUGUCGAUAGUACUGUAAUCUUUGUAACAGAGGUAAUAUUUCUUGGAAUUUACUGUACAUUUGUCACGAGGCACACUCAAAAAAAGAAAGAAAAAGUCAGCACCUCUCGAUACUUUUUAAAAAAAAAAAAAAAAAAGGGAAAAAGAAAAAAAUAUCCAGACCAAUGAUGAUCGUGUGUCCGCUUCAGAAACAAUCAGUCACGCCACGAUGUUUCGGAUCUCGAUGCCAUUUUAAUUCCGACGCUCAAAUCCCCGUUGAGCCGACACAAACACACUCUUCGUUUUUUUGGAAGGAGUGCUUUUGCGAUAUCCCGACGAGACAAGAAAAGACUCAUAAUAAGUUCAGAUUUUCCCGUUACUUUACCUAAAGACUUCUGAAUUUCAGCUCCGCGACACCUGUGUAUAUUCUCUAGACAUGAGCCGAUGUCAGUCGUUUAACUGCGAAACCAGUUUAGCCCCUUAUGUGUUACAAUCAGGAGGAGGAGGGGGAGGGGGAGGGGGAGUGUCAUGUUCACAAUGUGUUUGUUCUUUUUGUUCUCAAUGGAGUGUCUAGGUCUGUUGUCACUGAUAACUUAUAUAGCUUCUCGAAUCAUCUCUUCAUUGUAUUUCAAAUUCAAAAAUAAAGUUAACAUGUUGAUGAUAA